UCUGAAUAUUUUGUGAACGAUGAAACGUUCUAUGUACACCAAGGCGUACUGACACCGACAAGAGAUUACAUCAUAAAAAAUUUGCUCUGCAGCAGUCUGAGUAAACUUGCCCACGAAGCCGCCAGUCGCUUCCUUGAAUGGUUGCGCAGCCAGGAAGCACGUGCUGGACGGGCCUGUAUAAACAUUGUGAUCGUCGACUUUGCUAUGGACUCUAAUAUCUGGCCAGGUUAUGUGAGCGAAGUAAUUGGGCUCAACGAACGGACUUGGUCAUCGGAACCAGCCAGUUUAAACCAGAAUCCCACUUAA